AUGAAAAUAAUAUUUCUUAUAUUUGCUUGUGAAUUGUUUGUAGUUAUAAGUGCACGUCCUACUUUCGAUAAAAUUGCUGAAUUGGUGCUAGAUGCUGUAGGUGAAAGCGUUUACCCUACCCGAAAUGCUUAUCCAGCAGCGCAUCAAAGUAGUUAUGGCUAUCAUGGCGGUUACGGUGGUUAUCAAUAUGAACAUCAAUAUGGAGAGGAUAGAGAGGGAGCUGGGUAUCAACAACAAGGUAGUAGUUACGGACCUCCGCCAUAUUACCCACAUCCGAAUAGAUAUUUAGAACCGCCACGACCACCUCCAGCAUAUUUACCUAGUCCACAUAUAAAACCUCAAUAUGGAUAUGGCCAUCAUGGGAAUCAAUAUAAUCAACAUAAUUACAGAAAUGAGUACAGUGAUCCGGCAUUGAAUGAAUAUCCAAGUAAUAGAAAUUAUGGAUAUCAACAACAGCCAACUUAUUAUGCACAAGGUCACAAAACUGAUGGGAUUUUGUGCUAA